UUUUCUUCCCAGUAAGCAAUUAUUUUCUCUUCAAGAUGCUUAGUGUCAUUAGAAGGAAACUACGGCGCCUAUAUUCAAGGAUAUUGUGGUUAUUGUGGAAGCGCCCCAGGUCCAAAGUUGUUGUCAAAAGGUUUAGGAAAUUGAAAUGCAAGAGUAACUCUAGAACACAACUGUGUCACAACAAAUCUAUAAGUCACUCUAAUGGCCUCUUAGUUGAGUCUGAAUCUGUAAGGCCUAUUAGAAUUGCCACAUUCAAUGUUGCAAUGUUUUCCCUUGCACCUGCUGUUUCAGAAUUUGAUGAAUGGGUUGUCUCCAAUCAUGAACAGGGAUCUAACAAGAAGAAUUCAACAAAAGGUGAUUUUCCCAAGAGUAUAUUAAAGCAAUCUCCAUUGCAUGCAUCUAUGCAUAAGGCACAGAAUCUUAUGCCACGAUCAAAUUUGAAGGUUUCUAUUAAUCUUCCUGAUAAUGAGAUUUCAUUGGCAAAUAGUAGAUUGCUUGCUUCAAUGGAAAACAAAGAGGGUACAUCAGAUACAAUUUUUGGCAAUGUUUCUGGAAGACACCAAGUUCCAGCAAGGUCUCCUGUAUGCUUUCCUUUCAUUAUGAAUUACUGUGAUAGCACUGAGAAAUUCACAAGCAGUAGAAGCAUCCUUGAAGUUCUCAGGGAGAUUGAUGCUGAUGUGUUGGCAUUGCAAGAUGUGAAGGCAGAAGAAGAGAAGAACAUGAAGCCUCUUUCUGAUUUGGCAGGUGCCUUAGGGAUGAAAUAUGUGUUUGCUGAGAGUUGGGCUCCAGAAUAUGGAAAUGCCAUCUUAUCCAAAUGGCCAAUUAAGAAGUGGAAAGUUCAAAAGAUUGCUGAUGAUGAUGAUUUCAGGAAUGUUUUGAAGGCCACAAUUGAUGUGCCCUGGGCAGGUGAAAUAAACUUCCACUCUACUCAACUCGACCACUUAGAUGAGAAUUGGAGAAUGAAGCAAGUAAAUGCAAUAAUCCAUUCCAAUGAGCCUCCUCACAUAUUGGCAGGAGGUCUCAAUUCUCUAUAUGGAGCAGAUUACUCAUCAGAGAGAUGGACAGAUAUUUUUAAGUAUUAUGAGAAACUUGGAAAGCCUAGGCCGAGGUCAGAAGUGAUGAACUUCAUGAAAUCAAAGGGUUAUGUUGAUGCAAAGGAUUAUGCAGGAGAAUGUGAGCCCAUUGUCAUCAUUGCCAAAGGCCAAAAUGUGCAGGGGACAUGCAAGUAUGGCACAAGAGUUGAUUACAUUUUGACUUCUUCAAGCUCACCUUACAAAUUUGUUCCUGGGUCAUACUCAGUGAUUUCUUCCAAAGGCACUUCUGAUCACCAUAUAGUGAAGGCAGACAUUGUGAAAGUAAACCUAUCUGCUCAGAAAAAUGUCAUUAGACAGUGCAGGAAAAUAAAGCACAAGGUUGUCAAAAUAACACCACCAUGUUCUGUAACAGGUAUAUGGGAAUCAACCCUACCACCUCCCAAAAUACUUGUGCCAUAGAAAAUCUUGAUUCAUAGAAGUAAUAUAGUAUAUUUUGAUAA